AUGCCAGCAGACGAGAACAAGAAGCAUCAAUUAGAAGACAUUCUAUCAGAUAAUGUGUCUAUCAUGGAUACAGAGGAUUUGUCAUUUGAAGCAAACCCAGCAGUAGUGGAUGAACAAGUCAAAGAGGGCUUCUGUGUGGAAUGCAAAGACCAAGCUGCAGAUACUUUUUGUGUUCAAUGCAAUGAGCCUUUUUGCGAGGUUUGCUAUGGCAUGAUUCAUAGAACUGGCAAGCGCAAAUUGCACACGAGCAGAGAAUAUUCGACAUCGACUCAAGCGACACUCGAUAAAACAGAUGGAGAUCAAGACAACGAGACACUCGUGGAUCACGACCAUGCCAAAAUCGACGAGAAGGUAGUAGAGCCUCUCUCUGAGAAAUCCAAGCAAGCAAAAUUCAGAGAAAUCAUGGAGAACCGAGCCAAGUUCAUCCCACUGCGACUCAAGUUGGAAGAGAGAAAAUACCUGAGAAUGCUGGAGGCAGCGCUGAAUGUGACGGAAUACACGGAAAAGAUUGACAAUGAAAGCAGCACUGGAAAAGCAAAGCGUGUCGUCAAUCAAAUCAAGGAACUGUGUGCCAUUCUAACAGGCAUUGUGCUUGGAUGUGAUUACAAGCGCGGUCAGGAGCUUUUUGCAGAGAGAAGUUAUGAGGAGAAUGAGGAGUUUUUCCAGACCAUCUUUGAGAUUGGACGUAGACACAAGAUCAUGAACCCUGAGAAAAUGAGAAGUGCUUACGGUAAAUUAAUGUAUCUCUUGUCUGAUUCCAUGAUCCCUGAGGUCAAGGAAAUGCUUGGAUUCGAUUGUGUUGUGCCUAUCCAGACUGUAUACACUUUUUUGGAGGAGAGAGACUGCCUGGGUGUUUUGCAUGAAGAGAUUGUAUUGCUGGCUACCAUGGAGAUCAUGCCUGAUAGAAAGACAAGACCCCAGAUUCAAGCAGAGAUCAAGCGCAAAGAGAGAAGCAUUGAGCAACUGAGUCGAAAGUAUCAGUCCAAGUACAUUUCUGCUGAUGAGAUCCGUCAUUGUUUGUACAGUAUUGGUGAUAACAAUGCUUAUUUGAGAGCAAAUCGUGAUCCUUGCGAAAAGAUGAUCAAAUAUCUCGAGAAAUACUUUAGCCCUGACGAUGGCGAUGAUUCCGAGUACUCUCUGUCCAUUGCAUCUGGAUCUCAAGGCCAUCGUCUGAGCCACGAUCACGAAACACAGUACAUUUAUGUGAAUCAAACACUGCAGCUGUGGAAAGAAAUUUUGAACGACAUGUUUAAGCUGUGGACAUUGGCCGAUCAAGACAUGCUGUCGACCUCAAAUCCUUAUACCUUAUCGCAAACUGGCCAAGGUGUGCAUCGUGUUCAACCCUGUCCUGCUGUGUCGCGAGAGAUGCAUCGUACGUUAUUCAAGGCACAAAAGAAGGCAGGUACCUGGAUUGGUAGUAGUGUGAUUCAUUUGGGCGACAAAAAUGUGCCAAAUGCACUGAUGUUUAUUGACAAGUAUAAUCAAGUCGCUCGUAUCUUGAGCCCUAUAUGUAUUACCAUUAAUAUCUUGGAUGACUUGGCAAAAGAUGAGGGUAUUUGCCAGUUUAUCGAAAACAAGUUUGAAAGUCUGGAUCUCUGCAGAAAGACCAUCCUGACUGAUUUUUUCCGCUUUGCAUUUGACGGAUCUGGCGCUGAUAAUUUCUACGAUGCGGGUAGUUGUAUUGAUGGUAGACUAACGUCUGCGUGGAAUUGGUGUUCGCAAAUCGAGCAAAAGCCAUAUUUCCCAGUGUUUUUAUUAGCAGGAUUCGCUGGUUUUGAUGGCGGUGGAUGGUAA